GCUGGACCGGAGGGGGCGGGGUCGGUCCCGGGCGCCCGGCAGAGGAGAGGGCCGCGAGCCGCUGGGGACUGGAGCAUGGGACGGCGCGCCUGAAGGAGCAGGGGCGAGACAGGGGCCUGGGAGCCCGGCAGCAAAAGAGGAGAGCGAGGGGCCCGAGAGCAAAGGAGGAAAAUGCAACUGACUCGCUGUUGCUUCGUGUUCCUAGUGCAGGGAAGCCUCUAUCUGGUCAUCUGUGGCCUGGAUGAUGGCCCUCCUGGCUCAGAGGACCCUGAGCGCGAUGACCAUGAGAGCCAGCCCCGGCCUCGGAUGCCUCGGAAGCGGGGCCACAUCUCACCUAAGUCCCGUCCCAUGGCCAACUCCACUCUGCUAGGGCUGCUGGCUCUGCCUGGGGAGGCAUGGGGCGUCCUUGGGCAGCCCCCCAACCGCCCAAACCAUAGCCCCCCGCCUUCGGCCAAGGUGAAGAAAAUCUUCGGCUGGGGUGACUUCUACUCCAACAUCAAGACCGUGGCCCUGAACCUGCUCGUCACGGGGAAGAUCGUGGACCACGGCAACGGGACCUUCAGCGUCCACUUCCGACACAAUGCCACCGGCCAAGGCAACAUCUCCAUUAGCCUCGUGCCCCCCAGUAAAGCUGUAGAAUUUCACCAGGAGCAACAGAUCUUCAUCGAAGCCAAGGCCUCCAAAAUCUUCAACUGCCGAAUGGAGUGGGAGAAGGUGGAACGGGGCCGCCGGACCUCGCUCUGCACCCACGACCCGGCCAAGACCUGCUCCCGAGACCACGCUCAGAGCUCCGCCACCUGGAGCUGUUCCCAGCCCUUCAAAGUCGUCUGUGUCUACAUCGCCUUCUACAGCACAGACUACAGGCUGGUCCAGAAGGUGUGCCCGGAUUACAACUACCACAGCGAUACUCCCUAUUACCCCUCGGGGUGACCCUGGGCAGGCCGCAGAGGCCAGGCCGGGGCUGGAAGGACAGGCCUGCCCACGGAGGAGGCCAUCUGGCUGGAUACUGGGCAGGGAAGGGAAGGGACCUCAGGCAGGGGCGGGGGGUGGAGAGGAGGAGAUACCGAGUGGGGCCAGGGCCAAGUCUCCAGUGGUGGUGGGGAAGGGGUCCCAAGCACUGGCCCAGCUUGUGGUUGUGGAGCGACUGGGACAUGGGAGCACUGGAGGAGGAGCGGGUUCUCUGGGCAGCCCCGCGGGGCUUCCCCACUGCACAGCAAGAAAAUGCUGGGUCCAGGAGGCUUCUGGGGAAGGCAGACCAGUGUGGCCCCAGUAUAGGGCUGGAGAGGAGCCCAAAGCCUGGGCUCCCUCCUCGCUGUCCUGAGGAAGAACAGCAACAAGGAGGGGGCAUUUCAUCAGCGUGGACACAAGUAGGCCACAAAGGACGGAGGAGAUGGGGCAGCCUGCGAGCCAGCUCUGGGAGGGGAGAGGGGUGGGGAGGCAGGAGGAACUCUCGUGCCCCACAGAGGGGACCCCCCAGCCCGGUAAACCCAUGUCCUGGACUAUGGACUGAACUUGGCUUGAGGCUCAAGUGGUGACCCUUGAAGUCUUUUUGAUGUCUUGACAAGUAGACCCUCUGUUCCCAGCCAGGUCAUCCCUUUCCCAAAUUCCCUCUCCUGCCACAGCCGUGUCCUGCCUCACUCCCGCCCUGCCUUGUGCUGACGGGACACCCAUCCUUAAGCUGAGACAGAGGGUGAUCAUGGUUCUCCCAACACCAAGGCCACAGAUGGAAGCCCGCCCUUGCGCUGUGUCCCUCUGCCACCCCACCCCCUGCCGGCUCCUCUAGGAGUGUCCUUGUCCAGCCCGCCGGCCUGGGGCUCCCCUGGAUCAGGUCGGCACCUCCCCCUCUCGGCCCAUGGGGCUG